UUUUUCCUUUGUUGAAGGUGAUUAAUUAAAAGUUGGGGUGAAAAGAAAACCUAUGAUGCCAUGAAUCCAGAAUGACUUUCACCGAGGCUCUUAAUUUCAUGGGUGACUUAUUUUUUUUCCAGUUGUACAUGGAAAGGCUGAUGCUGAAAGGUAAAUGUCUCAAUUUUCUCUGCCCCAGGGAGCUGUAGCAGAAGUUGUCUUCUACAAGUUUUUUUUUCUUACUAGAAAGGUCAGAAAGCGAGUACUGGUGAUGAGAAAUUCUCUAAAGCUGUUUAUUCUCGUCUCUUCUAAACAUUAACCAUCAUCUUACCCCCCUUGUUCCCAGGAUUAUCUUGAGGGAUUUGUAAAAAUGUGUGCUGGCAUCACAUACUGCGGUAACUGAAAUAACAUAGGAGCUCUAAUGAAAGCUGUCUGGUCUCUACAGGUAACAAAGCCUGGAAAGUAAUACUUUGGCUGAAAUCCUUUAGACUUGCACAGGACUGAUGCUUUAGAGGUGCAUGGGGAGGAAUGGCUGAGUUACUUCUCGGCAUGAGUCACAACGGCUUAUGUGGAUCCUUGUGGUAUUAAAACAAGCGGUGUUUGAUGCUCACUGUGUUGGAAAAAUGUAGCAAGCAAUGUCUUGUCUUGGCAUGGCCUGUGCUGAACAACAAAAGAUAAUUGUAUUUUUGGUGAGCAAUAUACUCACCAAAACCAAAAUGGGAGAUUGUCACAGUUUGAAUUUGGCUUCCACAUAUACAGGUGGGGGUGUCUACACAGGUGAGUUCCCCACGGUUUCUGCAUGCUGCAUCAAGUGCUGGAUAAAGGGAGAGGUGAAGUUGUGCACGGUGCUGCAGAAAUGCAGCGGGGUCACGCCGUGGAGCCAGCUUGAUUCCAGCAAGGCCACUUACCUCCUGCUGCUGAAAUGCCUCCUCGGGGUGCAGUCUGCGAAGGCUUUAUUCUCACUAUAGCUGAACUGAGGUGGCUGUGCACGCAGAGCUGUGCCAGAACCCGGCCCAGCUUGGUAGGUGUGUGCCCACCGAGUGCGUAACGCUCACGGUAACACAACCACAGCUGCGGCGGUGCUGGCAGACGUCAGUGAGGAUCACUAGGAGGCUCUCACAGCCUUCUUCCCCCACCUCUCACCGUACACAAACCAGCCGUGCGCCUGCACCCCGAGGCGGAGCUGCCUGCCGGCGGCCGCCCGCUGGGGGUGUGAGGGGGCGGCCUCCGAGCGGGGCUCCCUCGCUUCUGCAGGGCCCCGGGGCGGGGCCCGAGGAAGUGACUUCAGCCGGCAGCACGGCUGGGCACGGCACGGCUCGGCUCGGAGCAUGGCAGCGGCGGCGGCGCGCUCCCUGCUAGCGGCGGGGCGGGCGGGCGGCGGGCGGCGGUGCCGGACCCGGACCCUGCCUGUGGCGGCGGCCGCUCCCUACUGCACCGUGGCCCGGCAGCAGCGGCGGCCGCCGCCCGACAUGCGGAGCUACCUGUGGUCGCGAUACAGGGAGGCCAAGCGGGUCACCAAGGAGUUAGUUCCUUCAAUUAUGAGUAACAUGCUGAACCCGGAUGCUAUUUUUUCAAACAACGAAAUGAGCCUGUCAGACAUUGAAAUCUAUGGCUUUGAUUACGACUACACAUUGGUCUUUUAUUCUAAACAUCUGCACACGCUGAUCUUCAAUGCUGCUCGAGAUCUUCUUAUUAAUGAGCAUCGGUAUCCUGCAGAAAUAAGAAAAUAUGAUUAUGAUCCGAAUUUUGCAAUAAGAGGACUUCAUUACGAUGUACAUCGGGCGUUAUUAAUGAAGAUUGAUGCUUUUCAUUAUAUUCAGCUAGGAACAGUUUACAGAGGCCUCAGCGUUGUCCCAGAUGAAGAAGUCAUUGCAAUGUAUGAUGGUUCCCAUGUCCCCUUGGAACAAAUGAGUGACUUUUAUGGAAAGAGCUCACAAGGAAACACAAUGAAGCAAUUCAUGGAUAUAUUUUCCUUGCCAGAAAUGACACUCCUUUCUUGUGUAAAUGAAUAUUUUCUGAAAAACAACAUAGACUAUGAGCCUGUUCAUCUGUACAAAGACGUCAAGGAUUCAAUCAGGGAUGUCCACAUCAAAGGAAUAAUGUAUAGAGCAAUUGAAGCAGAUAUUGAGAAAUACAUCUGCUAUGCUGAACAAACUCGUGCAGUGUUAGCAAAGCUGGCUGAUCAUGGCAAGAAGAUGUUUCUUAUCACAAACAGUCCCAGCAGUUUUGUGGACAAAGGCAUGAAGUUCAUAGUCGGCAAGGACUGGAGGGAUCUCUUUGAUGUGGUCAUUGUACAGGCUGAUAAGCCAAACUUUUUCAAUGAUAAGCGAAGACCGUUUCGGAAGGUGAAUGAAAGGGGAGUGUUGCUUUGGGACAAAAUUCACAAAUUGCAGAAAGGCCAGAUCUACAAACAGGGUAACUUAUAUGAAUUUCUGAAGCUUACUGGCUGGAGGGGCUCUAAGGUUCUCUACUUUGGUGAUCACAUCUACAGUGACUUGGCAGAUUUGACCCUGAAGCAUGGCUGGCGCACUGGUGCAAUUAUUCCAGAGUUACGAUCAGAGAUUAAAAUCAUGAACACAGAGAAGUACAUUCAAACCAUGACCUGGCUACAGACUCUGACAGGAUUACUGGAACACAUGCAGGUUCACCGUGAUCCUGAUUCACAGAUGAUUUUAGAAGAAUGGAAGAAGGAAAGAAAGGAAAUGAGGGAAAUGAACAGGAAUUUCUUCAAUGCACAGUUUGGAAGCUUAUUCAGAACGGAUGAGAAUCCCACGUACUUCCUAAGACGUCUGUCUAGAUUUGCAGAUAUCUACAUGGCAUCGCUGAGUUGUCUCUUGAACUAUGAGCCUGACUACACAUUUUAUCCAAGAAGGACUCCUUUGCAGCACGAACUUCCUGGCUGGUCAGAUCAGCUGUGCACUGGUACAUUCAGAAUACCCUUCCUACAAGAGACGGUUCAGAUCAAAUAAGCACUUGCCUUAUUAUCUCUAAAAUGGGCAAAUACACCCUUUUUUUUGAAUAUGGAUGCAUUUUAUUUAACUCACUUAAAUCUGUUACCUUGAUUUAGAUGUAAUUCAUACUUGUUCUCAAUAAGCAUAGCACCUAUUUUCUCCUCUACUGCUCAGAGAUGUGAAACCUCUUCUUACACACAGAGGAUAUAAUGGACUGCCAAAAUAGCAGAGGGCUGGGGGAGAGGACAAAUUUGAGGGGGAAAGGCUGGUGAUGUUCUGGGAUGGUUGCUUUUGUUUGUUCGUUGGAAACUUUGAUCUGCAGCCUUGUGGCUUACAAAGAAAUAGCUGUGCUGUCCUUUCUGGCUGUGAUCAGAACUGUAGCUAGAGCCUGUCAUGGCUUGGCACUGAAAAGCUUAAAUCCAGUGUUAGUCAUUCAGUGAUACGCUGUUACUAACCAGUUUAUGGUGAGACUGAGAGGGAUAUGGCAUAAGCAGUAACUUCCUGUUGCCGUAGCUAGAGCAUUAUCUGCAACUGAACUAACUGGUGUAAUGCUUGGGUGCAUCUCUGGAGCAUUGCAAUGGCUACAGUACAGGCAUGCUCAGGCUGGUGGGCUUCUUUUCUUGCCUGUACAUCAUUUUCUGUUCUUGUACUGUCUGUGCUUGGCUGUAGGUGGACCUGAACCUAAACCUGACAGUGACAGGAAGCUUGGAGUGCUUCAGCUUCCUUGUGCUGACUUUGACACCUUUCCUUUUAAGAUUCCAAACUGUUUAAAUACCUGCUCUCUGAUAAUAAAGCCAUUGCAACAGGUCUCACAGUGUGCAUUUCAAAGUGGAGGCAGAAUUCCAUCAGGCUUUAGAUUGAUCCUAAAUGCUGCUUUUAAAACUUACAAGUGUCUUACAGUGCGGCACGCAGUGCAGUUUUGAAGUUCCCUUGGAGAUGAGGUACUUGAUGUAGCCUUCAGUAAUGGACUUCUGCAUUCAAAAGUAAACACGCACAAUGGGCACAUGAAUUUGGGGGGGAGGAGGGAGAGGAGACGUGAGCAGAUGAAAAACAGUUUUCUGAUGACAUUUUUUUUAGCUCAAGCCCCCAGAGCUGGAUUGGGGGUGAUGGACAAUUUGCAUCAAGCAAAACAACUUUAACUGUGCAGGUGAGAAGUCUUAUAGGAUUACUAAAAUUGCAAGAAAGGCACGAACACAAGCUUUGCGUAGCAUAUAUGUUCCAAAGAUUUGAGCUGAAAAAUGUCUAUUUUGCACAAGGAAAACAUCUGUUGAUGUAUUUCCUCGAACAGGCACUUUAUAGAACUGAUAUGUAGUUGUUUUUAAAUCAGGAUGCUUUCUUGUCUCUGCAUCCAAAGGAAAGUUAUUAUUUUUGAACUGGUGCUUCCUGCUCCAGCCAUUUUAGAAGGCAUAAUGACUAACGGUUUUCAAAAUUUAGUUAUAAAGGGUUCUGUUCUUAAAAACGUAUAAUUGACAAAAUACAUAGCAUUUGGUAUCUUUCAUUUCAUUAUGGGAUAUCACUUGGUUCAUACCGUGAUAGUCAGGUAAACAAACUUUUGGUGACCAAAAGUUUUCUUGUUUGUUUUUUAACUUGUCUUAUAUGCAAGAAUCUGUACUGAAUUCCAGAUGCAGUAUCUCUCAUGUUUUUAAAAGCAUGUUUGCAAAGUAAAGAAUGUAUUUUAAUCUAGCCUGCACAAUUUCAUAUGCAGUUUUCCUGUAUGCUUGAAAUCAGUCUGAAGUCCUGAGAGGUGCUUAUGGAUUUUACGUUCAUGGUUUUCUUGUGCUCCUAUUUGAAACUUGACAUGCCAUACUCCUAAAGUGAGUGCUUGUGUGUGUGUGUGUGUGUGUGUGUGUGGUGUGUUUAAACAGAAGAGUAUACCUGAAAUGGGUAAGUUCAUCUGACAGUCCUGCUGUUUUGGUGGAAGAUGGUAGUUUGGCUUUAUGAGGAGAGUUGGUGGUGGAGCUGUGCAAGAAAUAUUUAGCAUAACUCGACGAUGCAGGCUGUUCUGUCAGCUGAAAUUUGGGGAUGGAAAUGUCCCCAAUUUGCCUUCAUUUUUUUAUCUUCAUGCUCAGCUAGAACUGAACUUGGUGUUACAUAUACGUAGCACCUUUCAUGCUCUAGAGAUCUCAAUGCACUGUUUAAAAUAAAACAAAACCCACUGUACAUUCUUCAUGUCACUACCAGCAAUUAAGAGUGUUGUUCUUCAGUUCUGCAUUGCUGCAUUUGCUAAUGUUUUGGUUAUAGCUCUUGUGUUUCCUAUUUGAAAGCUGGCUAGGAGUCAGUUUGUUUGUCUAAUUUUCCUGUGUUAACCAGGAACAGUCUGAUUGGGUUGGAUGAUAUUACCCACAUACUGCCCAUUUUGUUUCAAGAUGAUUUUUCCUCCCUCUCAACUUACAAACCCAUCAAACUUCUGUACAAAGCUAUGUGACAGCACGCAGCUCAAGUAGAAUCUUGUUUAUGUUGCAUGACUUCUUGAAACAACGUUGCAUGAAAAAAAAUAAUUAUGGAAGUGUUAUGUUCUUUUAAAAAUACAUAUAAUAUGAAUUUAAGUGAGAAUUUUAAAAUGCAUUAUUUAUUUUUCAGUGCUAGAAUAUUAUUCUUUUAAAAAUGUAUUGUGUUUUUGUAAUUAUUUCAAAGAACUCGAGCUGCAUACCUUGGUGCUCUCUGCAUAACUUAUUUUAACCUUAUGUUACUGACUUCCAAGAGAUUUUUGAGCACGUUGAAAGGGCAAUGUCUGUUUAUGUUCAUUUUGGAAGUGUUCGUUUGAACACCAAAGUAAGAAGAAAUUUUUUUUCUGUUCUGUAAAAACUGAGAGGAGAAUAGUCUGUCAGUAAAAGAAGAGUUUAAUGAACUAUGGAAACUUUUUUUGUUUUUGUGAUUAGAAAAUAUUUAAUGAUUAUUACAAAAAUAAAUGCUUGGACUCUG